AUGGAUCUGCCUAGUCCCCGGUCGGAGGAAAAAGCCGUUCUUGAAUCGAUCUACACUCCUGAGGAGUUGAGUAUUUCAGAUGACUACAAGAUUCAGUUUAGGCUAGGCACUCCUGGCACUCUUGGAUCAUUUGUCGUUAACAUCACAUGGCCCAAAGGCUAUCCAUUCAUUCCUCCAGUGGUGGAUUUGGAUGAAUUUUGUAAUCACCACGUCCCUCAAUCCAUGAGAGAUUCCAUCAUUAAGGAAGUUAACGAACUGGCAUCGCAAAAUAGUGGAGAACCUUUGACAUUCACUCUCAUCGAACAUUUACGGGAAAAUAUGGAUGAGUACGCAAAACAGUUAAAGGAUUUUAAAAAGCGUAGCACCAAUUCAACUGUAAAGCAGCUUGAAACGGAGGAGGCCAUGGUUAAGAGGAAAACGGUGGAGAAGGAGGUUCUUACGAAGGCUCAGAAGAGAAAGCAAUUGGAUCGAUUGGACGAAAAAGGGAAUUUGCCGAGAGGAUGGAAUUGGGUCGACGUCGUCAAACACCUCAGACAGACCGGCGCUCAGGCUAACUCGAUGUCUUAA